UGGGCAAAGGGCAAGCGGAAUGUAAACACGGGGCCCGUUGAGUGGCCCUCGGAACUGGGCGCCCGGUGCGUGCUGCACUCGCAGGGAGAGCGGGGAAAGAAGGCGCGUGGGUCCUCGUUUAGAGGAGAAAGCAGCUUCAGAAGUUGGAGCUGCGUCUCCACGCGGCUGCGGCCACGCCGGGCCGCUAAGAAUGGCUUCCUUCGGAUGGAAGAGGAAAAUUGGCGAGAAGGUCUCAAAGGCCACUUCCCAGCAGUUUGAGGCUGAAGCUGCUGACGAGAAGGAUGCAGUUGAGGGUGAUGAAGGGAACGGGCUUCAUGCCACUAAACGUAGGAAGGAAAGUCUCCUCGAAGGCUGUGCUGAGAAAAGUAAACAGCUGAAGGAUGAAGGAGCCAGUCUGGCUGAAAAUAAAAGAUAUCGAGAGGCGAUUCAGAAGUGGGACGAAGCACUACAGUUAACCCCAAAUGAUGCUACCCUAUAUGAGAUGAAAUCACAGGUCCUAAUGUCGCUUCAUGAAAUGUUCCCUGCUGUUCAUGCAGCAGAAAUGGCUGUGCAGAGAAAUCCACACUCGUGGGAGUCUUGGCAGACUCUGGGGCGUGCUCAGCUGGGAUUGGGAGAGAUAGUCUUGGCAAUUCGAAGUUUCCAAGUAGCCCUUCAUAUCUAUCCAAUGAACCCCGAGAUAUGGAAAGAAGACCUUUCUUGGGCAAGAAAGCUUCAGGAGCAGCAGAAGGCAGCCCGGAGGAUUAAAAAAGAUGAAGCACCAGCAGAAGUGACACAUGUCUCACCAAAGUCCAUUCCUGACUAUGACUUUGAAAGUGAUGAGAUUGUUGCUGUUUGCGCAGCUAUUGCUGAGAAACAAAAGCCGGUUUCAGCAAAUAAAACCAUGGUUAUUGUGUCCGCUUCUGGGACUGUGGAGACUGUGAGUGAGAAGGAAGAUGGUGCUGCCCCCCCAGAUGGCGCUGUUUUUAUCAGAGCCCGAUGAAGCUUAGCGGGAGCUCUCUGAAUCUACCUUUUGAUUGCCACUUAAAGUUCAGGGCAGACGGGCAUUUACUCUGGAGAAACAGGGUCAAACUCCUGUUUGUAAAAUCAGUUUUUCAGAUGAGGCAUAUAAAAACUAAAGGGUAGAAUUAUUAUAUAGUGUUUGGACUAUGCUUUGAUAAGUUAUGAUUUAAACUUAAGAUUAGAAUUCUGACUACAGUGGGUUUUUAUUAAUAAACUUAAUCCAGAUAUAUGAGUGAAUGCAUUUUAAAGGCAAGACUUGGAAGUGAUGCUUGAAUAGUGAAUAACUUGGCCAGUGUUAUUAAAAUGUUGACUCGUUGACCUUUUUAUGAUAAAGGAAGUGGGUGAUUUCUCUCCCUCCUAAAAAUACACUGCUGUUACUAGUCACUCUUCUACUUUUCUUGUUUCAUUAGAGUAACUUUGUCACAAAGCUUGAGUAUUUCUGAUGCUCAUUUUGAUCCAAAGUUGUCAUUUGGUUAUAUGUAGGUUCUUAGCAAGUUCAGCUGGAAAUGCAUGCAAAUGUGUACGUUCCGGACGGUUCCUGUAGAUACCCUUAAUUCUGAUUUAUGCUUGUUUUGACUAUAAAAUUAUUAAGACCAU